AUGGAGGGCCACAAUCGGUUGUACAAUGACUACUUUGCAGACGCCUCGGUGUACCCCGACUACAUAUUUCGUCGCAGGUUCAAGAUGAAACGUGACCUGUACUGCAAAAUUGUGAAGGAGGUUGAGGACCAUGACCCGUGGUUCCAGCAAAGGAGGAACGCUGCAGGAGAGCUUGGGCUAUCAUCUUUACAAAAAGUAACUGCGGCUUUCCGUAUGUUAGCAUACGAUGCUCCUGCAGAUUCUCUCGACGAGUGCCUCCGGCUAGGGGAGAGCACCAUCAUUGAGAGCAUGAGGUGGUUCGUGCAUACUAUUGUCGAGGUGUUUGAUGAUGAGUACCUCCGUGCUCUGAACGAGGAGGACACUGCUCGAUUACUGGAUAUGAACCAGCGUCGAGGGUUCCCUGGGAUGCUUGGAAGCAUUGAUUGCAUGCAUCGGAGGUGGAAGAACUGUUCAUUGAACGACAUCAAUGUGCUGCACCGAUCACAUCUCCUCGACAACCUUGCUGCCGGUGUAGCACCCAAGGUACACUACUCCAUUAAUGGACAUCAUUACACAGUGGGGUACUAUCUUGCAGACGGCAUCUAUCCGGAGUGGGCGACGUUUGUGAAGCCCAUACAAGCUCCAGUUGACAGGAAGCGGCAACACUUCGUGGUGCAACAGGCGGCUGCACGAAAGGAUGUUGAACGGGUAUUUGGAGUCUUGUAG